CCUGUGCCUGUGCUUCUCUUCAGUGCGCGGGCAGGAAGCGGAAGUGACGGUGUGCCGGCGGCCGUUGAGAGUCGUUACCGGCAGGGGCCGGCCCGCUGUAGGGACGCGGCUCGGCAGCGGGGCCGGGGUCCUGCCGCUGAGUUUUGCAGGAUGAGUGCCCUGACUGAAGAUCUUAAGCCAGAAGAUGCCAAGCCGGAACCAGAAAAAAAAAUAUAUUAUUGUGAAGUUUGUAAAGUUCCGUGUAUGAGUUCUAUAAGUCUUCAGUCACACUACCGUGGUGCAAAGCAUAGAAAGAAAGAAAAAGCCCUGAGACCCAAGACUGUCUAUUGUCCUCCAGCUCCAGUCCGAACUCCAAUGAAGUAUGAAACACAGAGACCAGUGAAGAGAGGACUCACAAAGGACAUAACCUGUCUGAAGGAUUUUAUGAAUGAUCCCAAAAGAGAAGAACCUCUAGUUGGUUUAGAACAUGUGGUUGAAAUCAGAUUUGAAGGAAGAAAAGAGCCGCAUUAUGAAUGCAAGCUGUGUGGGUUUAAUACAGAGAUGGCACCCAUGAUAGAACAUCUCAGUGGGUAUAAACACAGAAGAGCAUACAUAUCUAAAGAAUUUCCAGAUAAAAUGAAGAGAAAGACAUCAGAUGUAAAAGAAUGCAAAGUCUCAUUUCUCAGAAGAGUAGCAGGAGAGCUAGAGAAGACUGAAGGAUUAAAAAUGUAUAAGAUUGAAGGUUACAUAAGACCAAGUACCUCACCCCCAUCAAAGAAGAAAGCAAGGUGGGAAGAUGAUCAUAAGCAUGAGAAUGAUCCUGUUCGGAAGCAGAAAGCUUUAGAGUUCUUGGAGACUUUUCACAUCACCUCAGACUCAGAAGCAACACUCGUUGUUCACAUUACACAGGAACUUACGGAAGCUUUAAAGUCAUUUUGUGAAAAGAAAGCAGCAGUUAAUUAUACCAACAGUCUGAGGCCACUGAUGUCAAUAUCUCAAGAUGAAUUUCCAGCAAGAAAAAGCAUCCCAAAACUGUAUAAGCCAUAUGGAAAAUCCAAAGGAAAUUCUAACUGGAAUCAAGGUUCUUCAUCUCAGUAUGAACAGUGUGCUGCAGAUGAUUGUUUUGCUCCUGAUAACUCACACAAUUACCAAAGUGAUGAUGGAUCAUCUUCCUAUGGACUAAGACCUAGUGACUUUGCGAUGAUGUCUGCACUCAGGGACUCUUUCGCUCUUCAGACUGGAUGUCCUGCCAGUGGGAUCAGUGAAUGGCUGAGACAGUUCAGCCGAUCUGCUUCUGGCAGUAAUUCAGCCCGUGGGGCCUCUUCAUAUGAGACAAAUUCGGUGAGCGAAUACUCAGCAGAAUACAUGUCCAAAGAUGUGCGAGGAAGUAAGCUCCCUGCCAACAGACUGUCGUAUGGCGAGGAAGGUACAAAUUGGAGGAACCAACAAACAUGUACAAAAGCAAGGAGCGUAAGUGAUCAAGGAUUACCCUAUCCCAAUCCUUCAUAUCCUCCAUCAGGAAGAUACUCAACAAACUAUCCUUCGCAAAGCUAUUCCUCUUACAGGAGUGAUGGGUCUGUGAAUUCUUGUACAUCUUCUGCACAUUCUGCUUCUUCAGGAAGAGGUGGCUCCAGGUGGAACCAGGACUCCAGGUGGAACCAGGACUCCAGGUGGAACCAGGACCUCAGGUGGAACCAGGACUCCAGGUGGAACCAGGACUCCAGGUGGAACCAGGACCUCAGGUGGAACCAGGACCUCAGGUGGAACCAGGACUCCAGGUGGAAUGAGGACUCCAGGUGGAAUGAGGACUCCAGGUGGAACCAGGACUCCAGGUGGAAUCAGGACACCAGGUGGAAUCAGGACAACAGGUGGAACCAGGAUUCUAGCUGGAACCAGGAAACUAGGUGUCAAGAAUAUAGGCAUCAGAAGUCAGGCUACAGAAGUGAUUGGGGUUCACGUCACCAUCCCUUCUCUGGCGGUGGUUCAUACAGAGAUAACCAACAGUUCAGAGGCUCAGAUACGACGUUUGAUGAAGACGCUGUUGGUCUUGCUCCUAAUGCUUUGAACAGACUAGGAGGAAAGGAUAUACCUGCAAUGACCAGGAUGCUCAAGCAGUUGGCUCCGUAUUAUCCAGCCCUUCAAAAAAUAAAUAUUCAGAUGUUAGCCAAUGUGCUAGUAGAAACUAGAGGAAAAGAUUAAGGAGCGACAACAGCUGAACUGGAAACAUGAUCAGAUUCAAGCAUCUUCAUCUCUUGGCUUUCAGGAAAGAGACUGCAUUUGAUUGUGUGACUGGUUUUGGAAGGGGAAAGGGAGGUAGAGUUCAACAUUUUAAUGUGGUAAAUAUAGCUGGAACACAAACUUGCACAUAAAGGAGGUGAACACUAUUUUGUUUAGGCUUUUUUAAAGUAUUUGUUAUAUCUUAGUAUAUUGCAGAAAAAUCUUUUGUUAUUUUUUGAAAAUAUGUUAAUGUUAUUCUGUCAGGAAAAAGCUAAUCACCCUUCUAACAUCCUUCCCCACUCAGAAAAAAGAAAGGUUUGCUUUUAUGUUAACUUUUUAGGAAGAAUGUUCACUGAAAAUACAGGUCUGUUACAUGAAAAUACAGGUGUACUUUCCUUCAAACAAAUUUAAGGUCAAUUAAUUUAAGGCUUUAUAAUUUGGAUAUUUUUAGAAAUUGUUACACUACAUUUCUGUUUAGAAUAACGAAAGGUGAGUGUCGCAGCAAAGGUAUUCUCUGGCUUAAUGCCAUGCUGUAUGAGGAAAAUGUAAUCGGUUCUAGGGGAUGGUUAUGUAACGGGGCAUUUUACCUGCUUUUGUUUUUGCUGAAUGGAAUGAGACAUGCAAGAUAGGCAGGCUUUUUUAUCCUGUUCAGAAUGAAACUGUUGCAAAUUGACUUAGAAACUCAUUUGUUGAAUUGAUCCAUACUAAAGGAGAAAAUUCUUCAUUCUUCCUUAUUGACAAAAACAUAUUAAGAAGUAGUAGAACCUGUUAAGGUAGUUAGUUAAAAUAAUAGGGGAAAUUAAAAAAUUAAUCAAAAUGACAUACUGAGAAAUAAUCACCAGUUCAUAUUUCUCAGUGGGCCAGACUUACGUUUCCUUCUCCCUACACUUCUGAGCUGUAAGUUCAUGAACUCCCAGCUUUAGAUGUCUGCUUUAUAUAAUCGAAUAGAGUGUACAUGGGGCUUACUCCCCAACAUCUGUUUUCUUUUUCACUGCUGUGUUAUGGACUAUGAUUUUUCUUCUCACCUUCACCUGGAAUAUUUCUCUGUCCCUGCAACAUUAAAUACGUGUGCUGAAGUAGGGUUUGUCUUCAUGAGCUGUCAUAUUACUGCAUGCACAAAAACUUUGGAACUUGACAUGUAAAUUUGAACACAAAGGCAACAAAGCAGUUGGUUAUAGAGCGUAUAAAUUUGAUUCUCUAAAAUUCUCCUCCUACAGUUGUUUUAGUUGCGCAUCAGAAAAGAUCCACUUUCGUUAUUCGUUUCUGUACACUGCUUCCUUUCCUCCAGAAAGUGUAGUGCAACUAAAUAUCUGAAACUGUAGAAAAACUCUGCAAAUUAACGUUACGACCUUUUCAGCUGGGGUCUUUGUAGAGAGGUCAUUUUUCUCCAUUUCUGACUCCCUUUGGGAUAUUCCAGUGCCUUACAGUAGCUGGAUGGUCUCUUCCCAACUUGGAUGCUCUUUCCUCCUCCACAUUCCCUUAUUUUUUGUUCUGGGGAACAGUUCCUGUUCCUGCUCAUUGCACAGGGUCCUGCUUUGGGGAAACAGUUCCUGCAUUUUGAAAUGAAUUUGGAAUAGUAAGCAAGCUAAGAAAUUGCCUUUCAUCGUUGAGUUACUAAAGGCUUCCUGAACUGUAGAUGAGCAUUUAAUCUUUUAAAUGCUCCUUGCUUCACUGCUUGUCUUCAGUUUUUACCAAAAUCAGUGAACUUCUUGAUAUGUGUCUCUGUUGGUUCUUUUACACAAGCACUAGCGUCUAGGGAUUUUUUUAAACUGAUGGUAUCCCGUAGUUUGCUCUCCAUGCGUGUCUUACCCCUUAUGUGCAACUGCUCCCAGUGCUUCCAGCAGUGUAUUCUUUACAGUUUCCUUCAAUCACUUGGCUAAGUCAGUUUCAGCUUCAUCACUGCUUUCUCCUUAAUUUUCUUUUUACCUUUCUCCUUUCCAAAGACCUCCUAGCUUUGAAAAUUAAGAGCUUCCGUGUACAGUGUCUGUACUGAUACUGCCCUGGGCUCUGCCACUUGACACUCCCAAAUUUGUUGUCUCCACAAUUGAUUUCAGAGACUUUUUUCCUUGUAUUCCAUACCAGCAAACAGCUGUAGCUGACGUGUGCCUAACAAGCAGUAUCUUUAUUAUCACAGGAACACAUUCCUCUGUGGAGUUCAAUUUCCUAGUAGUCAAGUGAAGUGCAAGAAGAAACAGACAAGCGUCUUCUGGAUGCAGUUCUGCAAAGGGGUCGUUUGCCCUUGUGACAGGAGUAAUGAAGGUUGGUUUGUUUUUUUUCAGGGCUGUGUAGAACUUCCAUACUGGGCAUCAUUGCCUUGUUUGGAGGGUUUCUGUGGCAUCUUCUCUCCCUCUGUAGGGACAGGUAUUUACAGCUUGAAGUGUUCUCUUUUGCAGGGUCUAGCUUUCAGUCAUUGCUGAUGGAGGCAUCCAUCCUGGGAAUGUGCCCGUUUCACUUCUUUCUGUCUAGCCAGCAUCUCGUCCUACAAACUUGUCUUCUGAAAGAUCGUGACUUUGGGUUCUGGCUGUCUUGUUUUCACUUAGUUCAACCCUGCCAUUUUUAAAGGAGGAUUCAGCUGAGAGCAGGAAAAAGAAAGCAUAAAUCCAGGCUGCUGACCUUUUUGGCACGUGACCAGCAGUGUCCGCAAGAAGACGACUUCAUGGAGGGGAAAAAAAAACCACAGAAGUGUCUUGGGAGUUCUGCCAUCCUACCAGUUACUACAGUAGGAUUGCCUAAGCUGUUUCACUUUUCCUGCAUUGGCCAAUUUCCUUGAGUCAGCUUCUGGGUACUCAUGCCUGAGAAACCUCUCUGCCUUCUCUUGCUCCCGUGUAGUACGGGACUGGCGCAGAAUCAGUCCUCUGCCUGUUCCUGUUUCUCGAGGCUCUGGUCCUUCAGGGCCUCGGAAACCAUCUUCACAAGGUAGGCACUGAUGGUCUGCAGAGCACCGUCACAUCGAGUGCUCGCCAUCCUUCAGUGCAGCAUUCAUACAGCGGCUGUGGCACCGAGGUAAGAUUUUUGAGGCUGCACCAGAGCCCUUUGAACUGAUUUUGCUUUUCCUUAAAAGGCCAUUGAUAAACAACCAGGAUAGAACAGGCUUUGAGGGAUCUCUGGUCUACUUUCAGCCGGCUGCUUGGUCUGUGGUGUACUUGCUUUCACACCUUCAGAAGCAUCUGUGUUUCCCACUGAGACGAGAGCCAUCCCAGUCCGGAGUCACUGGUAAUUUUCCACCCCAGCACGGCUCCCUCAGAAAGUGCUGGCAGCUCCAGUGGUUCUGCAGCAAUUGCAGUUCUGUGUGAUGACAUUGGCUGAAAAAAAAGCUGCGUUCUUCACAGGCCACAACCUGGGUAAUUUCUCUGCUACCAGCUUUAGUUCUAGUUUUGUUAGCUUGGACCUAUUCUUGAUUCCAGAUUUACUGGAUUUCAUUUGGUCAGACGUAUGAUCCAAAGGGACAAGUUCCUUAGUGGGAAAGGAGCGAGGAAGCUCUUUCUUUUUAGUGGGGCCUCUUAAUGGGAAAGCUCUUUUGAGUCCAGAAAUACGGGGCUCCUUUCUUUCUUUCUUUCUUAUUCCCUCAGGAUUUUAUAUUCUCAUUUCUUUCUUAUUCCCUUCAGGAACACAUGCAGUAUGUACACACAUAGCAUUCGGGGGAGGUAAGGCUCAAGCAGUAUCUGUUGGAAAGCUUUCUCCCUUGUCUCCUUAAAGAUAAGUUAGCUGCAGUUUAUCGUAGGCUGUUGAAGCGGUUGCAGAUAGAUUUGCCAUCAUUCCUGUCCCCCCCUCACCCAGCACCUCCCAGAUGCAAUCCAUCGCCCUUUGGAGGCCAAACACCCCUUCUGGUUGCCUCGAGUGCUUUGCCCUGAGCACCUGUCACUCCCUACAGAUUUCACAACAUAAAGGUGCUUAGGAAGCGUUACCAACGUGUCACCAGGGGCUGCUGUUAACCUUUGUAACCAUGUCCUGACGCGUAACAGCCACAGGUAAGCUUUAAUUGCUUUGGGUAGUGCAGGUGUAUGAUUGUCUUAGAGUACUCUGAGAGCUUAGUAACUUUUCUUUGCUUCCUCCACGUUGCUUCUUCAAAGUUACUGCAGGAGCUGGUGCGUGACAGGAACCUAAUUACUAUUUUUUGCUUCAGUUUUCCGUCUGCAAAUGGUGAGAUUGAGGGUGAGGUUUUGAGGAUGCUCAAGGCCACUUCAAAAUGAGUGCUUCAUCACAAAAAGGAGGAUUAUUUGUGGUAAACGAGCACACUAAGCAGAGGGAACUAUAUCCAGAGGAACUAGAGGUUUUUUGUAGGGAACAUUAUGGGGAAGAUGCAGUAUUAGGACAAAGAUGAGAAGCAGUUCUAUUGGGAAGAUGCCCCAAGGAUACCCUGAAAGAAAGGGGCAGCUAGAAAGCAAAAAUACAAAGCAAAGCAAAAAGGCCAUCCCUGUUAAGGGGCAGGGACCCCUGAGCCAUGGAAAACUGGAAUACAGAAACAUAACCCCCACCAUCCCCUUAAAAAAUUGUACAAAAGUAAAGUAGGCUAUGUAAGUUGGUCUAACAUUUUUACUUAACCUUAAAUUCUGUAUUAAAAAUUAAUACAUUAACCUCUUAGAAAAGUAAGGCACAUGCAAAACAUGUUGUGCAACUUCUGAGUUUCGACUCUCUGACAAACUAACAAGCAUUAUUUUAAUUUGGCAUUUCUAUAGAGUCAUUUUUUUCCCCAUGCAGGAUAUGUGGAAGAAAGUUAAGUUUGACAUUGCACCAGUUAAAUCUAGGCUCUGUGCUUUCUGUACUACAGUGAGCAUGAGGUGGUCGGAUCUUACGGUAAUACAAAACGAAAAC